AUCAUAUCCAAGUCUCAACGCCAAUGGCUUCUGAGGGUCACAAAAAGUCAAGCUCUACUCUCGGUGCGCCCGCGCAGCACACCCAGGGCAGCCGCAAGGGCAAGAAGGCAUGGAGGAAACAUGUCGACAUCGAGGACAUUGAAGAGAGCAUGGAAGGCAUGCGCGCCGAGGAACGAGUAGUAGGGUCUGCCUUGCAGAAGAAAACCGACGACGAACUCUUUCAAGUCGAUGUCAAGGGCGAUGCGCGAGUGCGCAAGUCGCUCCCCCGAUUUUCCACUUCCCUCCUCUCCUCGGCAAGAAUCCUCUCGCAGCGGUCUGCGGUCCCCGCCGUCUUUUCUCGCACCUCCGUGAACCCCCUGAAGCGAAAAACAUUGUCUUACGAGGAGAAGGGCCGCCUGCUCCGCAUAGGCAAGCGUCCUCGGCGAGGACCGUUCAAUGCAAUCAUGGACCCCACCGAGAUGGGGAGCGGCAGCGCCCUGCUCGAUGUGAGCGAGGCGGCAAAGAACAGCGGAUCGUAUGAUGUCUGGAAUGCGCGGGGCCCCGUUGACACUGACACUAACGACAGCACGCAAGUGAAGCACCCCAAGACUCCCCACCCGCGCUCGCUCAUCGCCCUCGCGGCCGUCCCCUCCCCCCACGAAGGCACCUCGUACAACCCGCUCGUCACCUCCCACUUGGACCUCCUGCGCACCGCACACGAGAUCGAGGAGCGUCGCCUCAGGGAGGCGCAGCAGCUCGAGGAGGUGCAGGCCAAGGUCGACGCCAUCCGCAAGGCGAGACACGACGAGACUGAGACGGUGGGCGUCGCGCUGGGCAUGACGGUCGACGUGGCGCCUGUGGACGAGGCGCAGGAGGACGCACAGGACGGCGAGGAGGCGCGGCCCGUCAGGCAUGUGCCGGCGCGGAAGACGAAGCAGGAGCGGCGCAAGGCCGAGCGGCGGAAAGCCGAGAAACGCGCCCUCGCGGAAAAGAUCGCCCGGAAGCGCAUGCUCGCGUCGGUGGACUCGGCCAAGGCGAUGCGGAAAGCGCUGGGCCGUACGCUCGCGGAGCGCGAGCGAGUGCGGACGGAGCGACAGCAGGCCGAAGAGGAGCGAUUGAAGAAGGGACUCGGGGGCCAGCGGCUGGGGAAGCACAGGGUCCCGGAAGGAGAGGUGGACGUGCAGCUGGGCGAAGAGCUCAGCGAGAGCUUACGGGCGCUGAAGCCCGAGGGCAACCUAUUCAGAGACAGGUUCUUAAGCAUGCAACAGCGCGCCCUGAUUGAACCUCGCGUCCCCAUCUUGCCGAGGAAGCGCAAGCACAAGGUCAAGGAGGUUGAAAAGUUUGCCUGGAAGCACUUCGAAAGAGAGUAAUGUGCGUAGUGAGUAGCUCGACGAUGAGCAGCACUACCAGUAUAUCCCCUGUAUACAGUGUAUGCGACAGGCUGUUCCCUCACCGUCGUGAUCCACACCACUUUGAUGGC